GACUGUAGCCUUAAAUAUAAAAAUAUUUCAAACAAACUCAGGAAAAAAACCUUGUUUAGUGGAUACUGCUAUCUACUUCACUUUUACUUUCACUUUCAAAUUGACUUCACUUUAACUUUUACUUACACUUUCAAAUUGACUACACAAAGACCGUUUGAACCUUAAUGACUAGCUCAUAAACCGUAGUGCAAGUGAUUUCUUUUCCUUGACAAAUUUAAAGGCAUUUGAUCAGAAGUCGGAACAGCACUCCAUUGUGACCACAGAGACAGCAAUCGAUCUUAACUCUUAACUCUCAGAAUGGCUAACGGGGUACGAAAUGAGUUACUGAUGAACACAACCCUAAUCGAUGAACUGGCACAAGUGGCAAAAGAAUCAGCAUUGGCACAUGGUAUUCUUAUGAGGCUUGAAAGAUCCCCCAACUCGUCAGAGGAGGUGACGUAUGCUCCUAUCACUCUCUUCCCCACGCCAGUACCAAGAGCUCUUUUCCUCCAAGGUGUGGCAGUGCAAACUCACUACAAACUUGUGGAUAAAAUCAGCCAGGAUCCUGACUUCUUAGAAGAGGCUCUUGCCAGCACCGUUUCUGUGGAUGAUUUCACUGCAAGGCUGUUCGAGAUACAUCGGCAGGUCCUUAAAAAUGGAAGGUUGCAGUCACUUGUGUUGGGUCUGAAUCGAUCCGACUACAUGUGGGACCAGGAGAAUGGACACACAUCUCUGAAACAGAUCGAGAUCAACACCUUUGCUGCUGCAGGUGGGGGCAUGGCCUCUCACAUUUCAGAUGUACACAGACACAUUCUUCAGGUGGCUGGCAAGCUGGAGGAGAGCCAGCGCAUCAUCGACAACAACCCUGCGGUGGGUCUGGCCAAGGCUUUGGCUAAGGCCUGGGAGCUCUAUGGAUCAAAGAGGGCGGUUGUCAUGUUCGUGGUGAAGGAGAACGAGAUCAAUAUUAUGGAUCAACGAGUAAUUGAGAAUGAGCUGUGGAAAGGGAAUAUUACCACCAUACGAAAGCGUUUUGAGGAUAUCUCUGAAUCUGGACGCCUAGAUGGGGACAAGAGACUAUUUGUUGAUCAUCUGGAAGUUGCGGUGGUCUACUUCAGGCACGGUUAUAUGCCUCAGCACUACAAGUCUGAAAAGGCAUGGGAUGCUCGUCUGAUGAUGGAGGGCUCCUUGGCUGUGAAAUGUCCCGAUAUCAGCACUCACCUGGCUGGAACUAAGAAGGUCCAGCAGGUGCUUGCCAAGCCAGGUGUUCUGGAACGAUUCUUUCCAGACCAGCCGCAAGUAGUGGAGCAACUUAGGGCCACCUUUACUGGCCUCUACUCUCUGGACAUUGGAGCAGAAGGUGAUAAAGCUAUAGAAAUGGCUUUGGCGACGCCGGAUCGGUUUGUCCUGAAACCUCAGCGAGAGGGAGGAGGGAACAAUAUUUACGGACAAGAAAUCUGUGAGGUUCUUGGCAAAGUGAAGAGCAGUGCAGCGAGAAUGGCCCAUAUACUGAUGGAUAAAAUCCAGCCCGAGUCUACACCGAACUACCUGCUGAGAAUGGGCAAGCCCCUCAAAAUUAGUAAUUGUGUUAGUGAACUGGGCUUCUUUGGAACCUAUGUCAGGCAUGGUAAAGACAUGCUGAUGAAUGAUUGUGUGGGCUAUCUUAUGAGGACCAAGAGUACGGAAUACUCCGACGGUGGUGUAGCUUCAGGAGCGGCUGUCCGGGACAGCGUGCUCCUCUUCUGAGUACCUGUACUUGACACAAUUCUCCGCCAUUAUUUAACACUGCCUAAUUGCUGCUCUGGUGAUGACUCACUCAUUGGCAUAUUGUUCAAUGCACAUGGAUACAAGAUGCCACAACAGUUUUCAAUGGAUUGAUCUUCUGCUUCCGGCCGUGUCUGUCCUUGACCUUCCUGCCCCGUUGUUCUCCCAGGAAUCAUUUUAUGGCCCUGACAAUGAAUUCUGCCUAAAGUCUGGUUCACACAGCAAGAUUUGAAACAAAUUGGUGGACUUUCAAACUCCAAGAGACCCCACACUUGAUGAGAACCAAUCACGGGUAUAACAGUUUUGAAUGUACCGUGUGUGGUGUGCAACCCUAGUGAGGAUAAGCAGUUGGCAGAGAAUGGAUAGAUGAAUUGACAGAU